GUUGAUAUUAUGGGAUGUGAGCUUGCCGCAGCUUUGUUGAAACUUUACAGCGCGGGCUGAAAUGCCCGACUUCGAACGGCACAUUUACGCACUGAUAUCUAGUGGAUAUGGAUCUUUGCACAACAAGCAUUUCAUGAGCUGACAAAUCAUCACCCUAUCCAACUUGGCUCUAUCGUCACUACAACGUAGACACCAGUCAUGUCGGCAAGAAAAAAAGCCAGUGCAGACACAUCUAACACCCAACUUGUCCUCACCGAGAUCAAGGUAGAAAAUGGAGAAUCAACAAAGAAGGACAUUGUCAAAUCUGUGCUGAUGCACCUAAAACUCUAGUCAACUGUACAUUCCCAGGGUGUGCCGGGCAGGGCCACGUUACCGGCAAAUACGCUCGCCACAGAACGAUCAUGGCGUGUCCGCUGGCGGCCAAGAAGAGGAAGCAGGAAAAGGAGGAUGGCCCAGCUGCCAAGAAGAGCCGGAAGACUGGCAGUGUGGGGCCAGCCGAUACCCCCGACAAGAUGGAGACCGUGGAUGAUGGGGACGAGGCCCAGGGUGAGGUGGAAGAAGAUGUAGAUGAGGUGAAGUUGGAACCCAGUGAGGAGCAGGACAGUCAGACAGGUUCCAUUACAGCAGCUUCCACAGAGGAAGUGAUGGAUGAUGAACAGAAAUGUUUCCGUGAGGCGGAAAGGGCUCUCCGCAGUUUGUCCGGAGAUGACUCUGCCCCAUUCCAGUACAUCUACUCAGCUUCCUCGGACUGUGAGUCCACUGAGCCCUCGAACAUGGGUCAGGAGGAGGUCACAGAGGCAAAGGUGAAGGACGAGGAUGAUUCGGCUGACUCUGAAAACAGUGAAAAUAUUGACAAUGCUUCUAGCUGCUCAUCAGCAGAUGAUGCAGACAUAUUGCUUAAGAUCCAAGAACAGUGUGCCAGCAUUCAGUCUCAGGCAGUCACCGUGCCAACGACUGACUUGAUCAUGGCGAGGGGUAUGUGUGAAACUGCUGGUUUACGGGAAGGGAAAGAAGACACCUUCGGGGUGACCAACCGAGUUGUCAGUGACCUGGCCCAGUCGAGUGACAAUGGUGAGGCACAGAGUGGGGAUGCCACGCCCAGUUUCACUGUUUUGGCAGAGUGGAGUACGGGUUUAGCUGGGAAGAACAAGGACACGGGUAGUGAUGGCACCAGUGAUGAAGAUUCUGAUGGUGGCAGCGAGGACACCAAUAGGAAAGAGAGCAAAUGUCCAACUCCUGGCUGUGAUGGAACUGGGCAUAUAACAGGCCUGUACUCCCACCAUAGAAGUUUAUCAGGAUGUCCGCGGAAAGACAAAGCAACUGCUGAACUCUUGGCCCUUCAGGAUAAUGUUCUCAGAUGUCCCACACCGGGCUGCAACGGCCGUGGUCACAUCAACAGCAACAGGAACUCACACCGCAGUUUGUCAGGGUGCCCUAUUGCUGCCAUGGGGAAGCUGAUUAACACCCAGAACCAGAAGAAGCAAGCCAGCCCAACAGGGGGAUCUACAGAAGGCUUGGGCUGUGAUGGUAACACGCCCAGUGCAUUUCCAGGCGAAGACAGGCUACAGGCACCUACACAGACAUUAGUUGGGACAGAGCCGCCAAUCACCCCAUCUCCAGGGGGUCUCACUGAAGGUUGUGAUCGUGUCCUUCGACCAAUGAUUCUAACGAAGCAGCUGGACCUCAACACAUUUGACUACCCACCUGUGGUUUCUACGACAACGCCCCGUAACAAUCUAGCCAAGGAGCUGGAGAAGUACAACCGACCAACUACUGAUGUUGGUCAGUCAGCAGCCAAAGCAGCUCACAAACCCAAGCCUGUCCCUAAAAUCAAAGACACUGCCCCUGACAGGCCCAAUAUUCUGAGCCGACGCCCUCACUAUAAGCCCCAGUACAGGUACGACCCCAGUCGGCCGACCUCAACAGCUUCAACAACUGUGCCAGUGCCAUCGCCAAGUGCACUGACAGUGUCUGCUUCACUGAACCUGGGCAAGGGAGGGAGUGGGGCAGUGCAGACAGUAGAUCUCAACAUGCCCGUCACGGCCCAGCUAGCAGCCCAGAGGCCUGCUGCCACUGCUAGUGCAAGCUUGCUCCUGGCUGGGCGGGGCACAGCGCUGAAUAUCCCCCAGCCAAGUGUCAGCAAGGCUGUGAGUCUCAGCUCAACACAUGUGACAGCAGUCACCCACAGCAUUGCCCCUAUACAGCAGGCACCUGCCAUCACACACAACAUCAGCAACAUCAGUAACAUCAACAUCACCACCUUGAACAACGUCACCUCCAACACUACCUACCAAGAGAACGGUUGCAUCACGGCUGCUCCAAGCAAUGGCACGCACUCCGAACCCGACCUGACACUGCUCACUCAGCCUCUCUCCCCCAAAGUGCGGGAGGGACGUGAGCUUCUCACAUGCCCGACGCCUGGUUGUGAUGGAUCUGGUCAUGUGACUGGAAAUUAUUCCUCUCACCGCAGUCUUUCAGGCUGCCCAUUGGCUGACCGAGCUAUGGUACAGGCCAAUCAGGUGGAGCAGAAGUGCCCCACUCCUGGCUGUGACGGCUCAGGUCAUGUGACCGGCAAUUAUGCGUCACACCGGAGUCUGUCGGGGUGCCCGCGGGCGGCCAAGUUCAAGAAGACACUCGGAUGCAAGGAAGGCGAGAAGAAAGAAAUGGACGAACCACUUCGGACUGAACACUCCAGUCUAGAGCUGCAUGGGAGGCUGGAGUCUUGGCCUUGUGAAAUAUCACUAAAAUGCCCUGUGCCAGGGUGUGACGGGUCUGGUCAUGUGACAGGCAAAUAUCUCUCUCAUCGCAGUGCUUCAGGAUGCCCAAUUGCUAACCGCCACAAGGUGCCACCACCAAGGCCGAUGCUGCCGGGGAUUGAGAACCAGGACCCACUGCUCAUGAUGGAAAAAACAAAUAAUUGCAUUAAGAUGGAUAUAAGCUGUCCCACCUUGGGCUGUGAUGGCUCUGGUCACUCCAACGGCAGCUUCCUCUCCCACCGCAGCUUAUCCGGCUGUCCCCGUGCCACCCUCGCCAUGAAGAAGGCUCGCCUCACCCCCCAGGAGCUCUCCAUGCUGCAGCACAAGAUCGCUCUCGGAGAAGUGGACUUGGACACUGAUGAGGAACUACGCCAACUUGAUGAGGAGAUUGAGAUGUUGAAGUCAACGACAAUCUCCUCGGAGCUGCAGAUGACGAAGCUGCGAGCGGAGGUGACCUGUCUGGAGACUCGGCUGCACCAGAAAGAGGCGGAGAACGAGCUGCUGGAUGACAAGAGCCACAGCAUGCAGGAGUACCUGGCCUCACUCCGCAACAAGGUGGUCACAUGUCUGCAGCGAGUGCCCCUCCCACCCCCCAUGGAGCCGGUCUGUGAUGACACACUUGAUCUCUACAUCGGCAAGAUUCAGGAUCUAGUAGCAGAACGUAAUGGGGACUCUAAUCUCUUGUUUAGUGCAAUCAAAGCAGCCAUGGCAGAGAUAGAAGUGUGAAUAGAUGCUGUUUGCUUCUACUUGACGCAGCUAGCCUCCAGCCAGCUGUAUACUGCAUUGCAGUCUGCAUAGUGCUGACUCGUCUUACUCAGCUGCUAGGUUCAUCAUUGACAGUGCUGUUCCACAGAGACAGAAGAACAUUUGAGCAUCUUGUCAGUCUUGGACGAUGACGAGAUAUAACAUGAAAGAAACAUGACUAGAAUUGUUAUGAGAGAAGCAGUCUCAGUGAUUUCACAAAUUGAAAGAGCAUUCGUGAUUGUGUUGCAUACAUAGACAGUCUGUGGGCUGAAGAACAAUCUGAUUCUGUUGUAGGUGAUGGUGAACAGACAGAUAAACAGACAUUCAGCUUUGUAGUGAAUGUUCAUUGGUGCUUGUAGGUCGCAUCACCAGCACUGCACCAUCUUUGUUACAUAUCCUGUGGCUGUAUAAACACACAUUGUGACAUAGGUCAGGGGAGACAACUCUCCUGGGAAGACAAGAAACAUAUCAUUGUUAAGUUAUUAUUUAUGACAUUGUUUUAAUUUAUGUCAUUGUUUUAAUUUAUGUAAUGUACGACAUUCCUGUACAUUUCAGUCAUUCCAUGUGUUCCUGUAUUUAUUCCUAACUUAUUUCCUUGUUGAAAGUUGGAGCCAUGUAUACACUCUAUACACUUGUUGAUAUUUGUACUCAACAUUUCCCAAACUAUUUAUAUGUUUUUUUCAUGCUUUUUCCAAACAAAGCAAUAUGACUACGUACUAAAGUUCUGCUUGUGCUCAUACUUAGAUACAACUGAUUGACCAUGACCUUUUGACAAAGUCAAGGGCAUAAGAAUCACACAGCUUCCUGUCAGUACAAAUGCUUGGGUCACUUGCUUUGAUUGGAAAGAGUUGUCUACAUGAGAACUUAUUUUAUUCCAUUGUCACCGAUGUUUGUUCCUAGUCUAUGGACUUGUCAUGCGUUUUUAUGUCUUUUUCCCUUAAAGCCAUUCUAGGUUUAUUAUUUACUUAUGUGCAAUAUGGUAUUUUCACAGCUUUUUUACUCCAGAUCUUUUUGGAUCUGUGUAGAGCGUUUUAACCUUUUAUAAGAAGCUAUGUUUAUGUGGACUUGAGUGUGUUUGUUGUGGCGGCUCCCUUGGUUCACGGCGGCCGGAACAUCGCACGCUCCCUCACAGCCUGCUUGCUGUCCGCCCCACAAAAUCACACACGUGGAGAAUUGCUAAUAAAACAUAUACUGCCAA